AUGAAGGCCUACAUGCGCGAGUGCUUCCACGAGCAGCUGCACAAGGACGACAAGAUGACGGUCACGUUCCAGGUUGGAGACCGCGAGUUUGGAGGCAGCGGGAACCUGGAUAUAGAUUUCUGGAUUGAGACACCCUCCCGCGCCUACCAAGUCCACGAGCGCGGCGUCUCUUCGGGAGAUCACUCCUUCACCGCCACGGAAGACGGCAAAUACACCUACUGCUUCAACAACGAGCACUGGGGCGCGAAUACAAAGGAGGUCUCCUUCAACGUCCACGGAAUCGUGUAUGUGCCUGAGCACGAGGCGCCGCAGGACCCGCUCGAGAAAGAAACAGUCAAAUCCCUAUCCGAGCUCGUCUCCCAAGUCAAAGAUGAGCAAUCUUACAUUGUCGUCCGUGAGCGCACGCACCGCAACACCGCCGAGUCGACAAACUCCCGCGUAAAGUGGUGGUCCAUCUUUCAGAUGGCGCUCCUCGCCGGCGAGGGUGUUUUUCAGGUGUGGUGGAUCAAGCGCUUCUUUGAGGUCAAGCGGCUGGUGUAG